GAUAAAGAGAAUAUCAACCCCGCCACUGGCCAACGCGCCAGCUCCGAACCACUCGCCAAGAAGCGCAAAACGAACGUGCUCGCCACAAAGUUGCAUGUGCCACCCCCCGCGAAGAAACAGAAGGAAUCGAAGGAAGGCAGGAAGCGCGCACGAUCCGACACAAAGAAGGUCAAGCGGUCUUCAAGCUUUAAGCGAACCAACUCGUCAGCGCCCAGCCGCGCACGCCGGAGUCCCUCGCUUCCCCGACUACCGGAAGUGGCGGAAGAGGUCGAGACGGACAAGGCCCCUUUGGCCUUGUCGCAGGCGCAAGUCGAUGCUCGUUGCUACGAGCUGACCGUCAUGCCCCUGGCGGAUCUCAGCAAGGCCUACGAGCAGGCCCCGUCACCCACCGACCACACUGCCCCGACGCAGUUUGAGAAGUCAAGCCAAGAGGAACAAUUGGUCGCUCCAACGGAGCUCGAGCGUGUGGCGUCCCCUGUGCCGUCAUCCACCAAGGACGAUUCGAGGUCCCCUUCUCCUUCCGCGGCUCAGCGAGCCAACACCGUCUUUACCACCCCGGAGCGCAAACGUAUCUACUCGGCGUUCACCUUCCGCACGCCGUCGCCCUCUGGCAAACGCUAU